CUCCCUUAAAUACAAGUGUGAGAAAACUGAAAAGUUACAAUCACAAGAGAAAAUGCAACAUCCACUAACCUACAUGAAUUCAAAAGUCCACCAACAGGGAGAUAUUCCAAUGUAGAAACCUGGGAUUAUACAACAUGACUUCUUUGGGCCAGGAUGACAUGAAAGGCAUCACACUGGCAAUCACAGGCCAAGCAUCAGCCUUCUCAGACUAGCACUCUGCUGCAACCUGAGAGAGAGGCUUGUAUAAGGCCGUAUAUACAUUUUGUGUAAUUUAGCUGGAAUUGAGAAAAUACUAAACUCCUGGCAGCUAUUAACCGUGAAUGCUACGGAAAAUGUUUUGCUGGAGAGAAGAAAAUUAAAUAACCAGGCCUAAAGGAUAAGGCUUUCUGUCACGUGACCAAGCUAUUUUAAGGAAGUUCCAGAUCCUCAUUUUAACCAGGCCAAAUUCCUCAGACAUUCUCCUGCCUUCCAGUUUGCCCAUAGCCAUGGAGAACUCCACUGACCCCACGGCGAUGAACUUCAUUCUCCUGGGGCUCUUUGACUACACAAAGACCCAUCGAGUCCUGUUUUCUCUGGUGUUCAUGACCUUCAUCGCCUCCCUGGUGGGAAACAUCCUGAUGAUCCUGCUCAUCCACACAGACCCCAGACUCCACACCCCCAUGUACUUCCUGCUCAGCCAGCUCUCCCUCAUGGACUUGAUGCUGGUCUCCACCAUCAUCCCCAAAAUGGCAGCCAACUACCUGCUGAACUCCAGGUCCAUCUCUCCUGCUGGCUGUGGUUCCCAGAUCUUCCUGUUCCUUACUCUGGGAGGGGGAGAGUGCUUCCUCCUGUCAGCCAUGUCCUAUGACCGCUAUGUGGCCAUAUGCCACCCAUUGCGCUACCAUGUUCUCAUGAGCCAUAAGCUGUGUUCCCAACUGGUAGCAGGCUCCUGGCUUUUGGGAGGAAUUGAUGGGCUGAUGCAAGCCAGUGCCGCUCUGAGCUUCCCCUACUGCCACUCCAGGGAGAUAGACCACUUCUUCUGUGAGGCACCUUCGUUGAUGCGCCUUGUCUGUGCGGACACCACUGUUUUUGAGUUUUUCAUGUACAUCUGUUGCAUCCUGAUGCUCUUGAUCCCUCUAUCUCUCAUUGUGGCCUCAUACAGUCUCAUCCUGGCUGCUGUGUUAAGAAUGAAUUCUGCUGCAGCCAGAAAGAAAGCCUUAACCACCUGCUCCUCUCAUCUGGUUGUGGUAGGGAUGUUCUAUGGCACCCUCAUGGUCAUUUACAUGAGACCCAGGUCCUACCAAUCAGUGGGCCACAGCAAAGUAGUCUCUGCAUUUUAUACCAUCUUUACUCCUGUGCUGAACCCCCUCAUCUACAGCGUGAGGAAUAAAGAUGUCAAGGGGGCCUUCAGAAAUUGGCUGGGCAAGACACAUGCUAUGUGAU